AUGCUGCUGAUCCUGUUGAAUUUGAUCAUGCUGGGGAUCGAAGUUGAUGUUUCCUCAUCAUUGAAGCCCGACGAAGAGGAUCCAGUGGUCUUCCAGGUGCUGAAUAUCGUCAUUGUCAUUGUUUUCAUCUUUGAAAUUGCGGUCAAGAUGGCCGGAUUCGGCUGCGCCCACUUUUUCUUUGGUCCUGAGAGGUGGUGGAAUUGCUUUGAUCUGAUUAUCAUCAUCACCUCCGUCUUCGAGACCUUUCUGGAUAUCUUGACCAAGACGAUCGAAGCGAGCACCGUGGACUCCAGCCACCUUCGCAUCAUGCGAUUCAUGCGUUUAGCUCGUGCUUUGCGUGGCGUUCGUGUCAUGAGACUCGUGCGCUUUAUCGGCGCCCUGCGAUCAAUUGUUUUUGCUAUCCUCAGUACGCUUUGGUCAUUAGUUUGGACUCUUGUGCUUUUGGUGCUGCUGUUCUACUGCUUUGCCGUAAUUCUGGCUCAAUUAGUAUCAGACCACUGUCGCUUCAGCGCGGCGCCUUGUGAUCUCAUUCUAAAACGACAUUGGGCCAGCGUGCCAGAAAGUAUGCUGACUCUGUUCCUGUCCAUUUCUGGCGGUCUCAGCUGGACUGAAGCUUUGGAGCCCUUGCGUACAGUCUCCAGCGUGGCAUUUUCUUGCUUUAUCAUUUAUAUAUUUAUCACGAUCUUCGCUAUUCUGAACGUGGUGACGGGGGUGUUUUGUAACAACGCAAUCGAAAGUUCCAAGGCUGACAAGGACAUUGCCAUCAUGAAGCAAAUAGAAUGGCACAAGGGACAACUGCGUGCUCUCAAAGGUGUUUUCAACGAAAUCGACAAUGAUCAGUCCAACAAGGUCAGCAUCAGUGAACUGGAGGUGGCACUAUCGCAAGAAAAGCUUUCCAGCUUCAUGGAGUCCAUGGCUAUCUCAACGCAAGAUAUCUGGACCCUCUUCCUGAUCUUGGAUGCUGACGGCAGUGGUGAAAUAUCCUUCGAAGAAUUUGUCUCGGGGUGUAUGCAGCUACAAGGACCCGCUCAAAGUGUUCAGCUUGCACGAAUGCGCUAUGAGAACAAGGUCAUGCGCCAGGAACUUCGUCAUGUAGGCCAUGGACUUCAAAAAUUGGAGUCUAUAGUGGCAUUGCACUAUGGAACUUAG